GAGGCGUUGCUUAUAAAAGGAAGCGCCUGCGAUGACGCGGCAUUAGCCGUGCUGGAACGUAAGCGCUAACAUGGCGAAGGUGACUGGAUUACUGUGCGUGAUGCUGGUGUUGGCGGCAGCUGCUUCGGCGGCGCCGGUGACUGAGGAAUCUAGCAGCCCCAACCCUACCGCCAUCAAUGAGCUCAUCGAAGGAGCCGAUCCAGUAGAAAAUGACAUUACUGCUCCCAAGACAGAAAUUCCUGUAGACGAAGACAAGAUAAUAAAGGAACUGAUGGAUGAAUCGGCAACUGUUGGAGAGGUAAUACCUCUGGAAGACGAUUCUCCUAAGAAUAUUUCCAAGCCCGAUGAAACUCCCACCCACCCUGAAAAUGUGAAGCAGGAAGAAGGUGAGCCAAAUGGGACUGUGGAAAAAUCACCGCCGGAAAUUGAAUCUACUAAAAAUGUAGAGAAUGCCGAAGACGGUGGCUUAGUUCCUGUGGAUGAAGUGAUUCCACCACCGAAGGUUGCAUUUGUCUUGGGAGAAUAUGCAAACCCUGAGAACUCGCAAGACGAAUCUGGCAUUCAACUUGUGCAAGGAGAAACUCAAGAUGGCACUCCAGUAAUAUCUGAGUUGGGGAACGAAGAAAGUUUUACAGAUGAAGUUGUGGACGAAUCCAUGAUUCCCAUCUCGGAACCUGCACUCCACGACUAUCCUCCCGAAACAAUAUUUGCCGAAGCAGAAUUCCACCCCGACGAGGAGGCGAGCAUGCCCGAUGUACCCGUUGGUAUCAACCCGGAUACGGACUAUGAUGCUCCUUUGGAUGACCUCAUGCCUACAAAUGCAGAAGGGCCAGCCGACGGAAACACGGGAUUUGUUCCUGAUUACGAUUAUCCUGUUCAUUCGUCAUUCGUUGGACCAUUGCAUAACCCUGACGACUUCGCUCCGGGUUUUUUUGAUGACUCCUUGAAUUAUGAAACUCGAUCUGGUUUUUUCAUGCCUGGACCGGUAAUGAACGUUGAUCUUCCUUCCAUGGACUAUCCUGAAAUGAAUAAACAAUCCAAUCACCAGGAAAUGGAAGAGAUUAGGCCUCAAUUUGACCACAUUACAGCUGGCUUGGAGGAGAACUACCACCCUGGGCCUAUUCCCGGUUUCAUACCCAACACCGAAGAAGAACAAGGUGGUCCGGAAGCAAAUUAUCCAGUCUACAAAGAUCAGCCAAUAGUUGCUGCAGCGAUGCUGAACUCCAAUAUUCCUGCCGUUGAAAGCACUCACGCUGUCGACACUCCAGUUCCCGAAAGAGUGCAAAUGGAGGAAUCUCCUGAAUCUCCAGAAAUGAAUGAGCCUACCGCUUUGGAUAACGGAAUAGAUACUGUCGAUUUGACAACUUUAAACAUUAACACUAUUGACUUCACCACGCCUGCAAAUCAGGAUAUCGACUUUGUAAACCCCGAAGAACCUAUAACAAAUGAUAAAAAGCCUGAUAUUGUCAUUGAACUAAGUCUCAACCGUCAGGAAGCUGCAGUCAAUGGGCGUCCUUUCGAAAUGAGUCAAGCGUCAAAUAUUUUGAACUUCAUCGAAGACCUCAUCACAAGAAUGAGCCACAAACCUAUGAUGCCUGACAUGACUGAACAUAUCAAUGAAGAAUCUGAAUACCCCAUUCCAGAAAUGCCCAUGCAAAACGACUUCACUUACCGGUUUAUGAACCCUAAUCCCUAUAACCGCCUCGCACCUCGGGAGGAAGUAAACUAUUACGGAAAUUAUAACUAUCCGUCUGGCAAUGAGUUUGAGUACAAUCCGUUCUUCCCUCUCAAGCCGUAUUCUAACCAAUGGACAAGCCCCAGGUUUGACAAUCUGCAUAACAAUAUCUACUAUGGUCGAUUUGGAUUUGAUUCACCUCCAAGAAGCCGUAGGUUUGCCUACAACCCAUUUUGGAACUGAAAAUUACGCCACAUUGUUUUUUAGGUGGAUGUUUCAACGAAAUUCAUGAUUGGUCUGAUAUCUGAAAUAAUUUUUUACUCUAUUUCGUACUUCUGCUCUUCACAAAAAUAUUGAAUGUGGAAGCAGCGGUUCACUACUUACUCGGGCAUUAACAGACGCAUGUCGAUUAAAAUUUUGAUUUAAAA